UUGCAACUUGCCAGAGUGUUAAAAAAAGGUGUUGUUUCUGUAAAACAUUCUUCAAAGGGUGAUGAAAGCAUAUAUGUCUGAUUUACUCUGACUGUUCAGUUUCUAAACAAAGAAAGUUCUUUCUUUCCCUAUAAGGUAGGUCGCUGCAAUGGACCCUUUUGAGGCAGCGAGACUUGUGCAUGAACGAAUCAUGAGAGUUGAACCUGAACAUGUUACAAGGAAGAUUAUUGGCUAUAUUUACUUGCAAGACUAUCCCGAUCAAGAAAUGAUUCGAUUAGCAUUAGGCCCUGAUACCUUAAUUCACAACGUGAUCCAAAAAGCAAAAGAUGCACUUAAACUAAACUCAACUCCAGCAUUUCGCAAUCCUUCUAUUAGUCCAGUCAAUAUAGCAGAUCCUGUACUACAAUUUUCACACCUUUCACCUCUUUCACCAUGUUCAUUUUCAUCGGCUUAUUUAACUGAAACUCCCUACUCCGUCUAUGAGCCUCUGGAACAGUUCCUCCGGCACGAAGAAACAUUGGACUCUGAAAAUUUAAAUUACCCAAGUGAUUACUGCUAUCCAGAAGCAUCCUUUAUCAGGCGCAGCAGAAAUUUUCUGAGUCCACUUAAAUUUCCGGUCAAGGCUUGCCACUAUUUCAACAAGGGGUUCUGUAGAAACGGUACCAGCUGUCGGUACUUUCACGGUCAUUCAUUGUCCGAGAGCUACUCGCAUAUGAUUGACCCUAAUAUAUGUGAAUACGGUGAUGAAGACGAAGUACUUUCGCCUGGUUCCCUAGAGAAAUUAGAGCUAGAGAUAACGGAGCUCUUGAAAUAUAAGAAAGGGCAUCCUGUUUCAAUUGCAUCCCUGCCCAUGAUGUAUUAUGAGAAGUAUGGGAGAACUCUCCAAGCGGAAGGGUAUCUAACCGAGAGCCAAAGACAUGGUAAAGCUGGCUAUAAUUUGACAAAGCUUCUUGCUCGAUUGAAGUUUGUUCAUCUUAUUGAAAGGCCUCAUGGACAACAUUCUGUAGUACUGGCUGAAGAUGCAUCAAGGUACAUGGACCCUCAUGGUGAAAGAAGUAAUCCGGGUCCUAUUGUUAAUGGUUCACGUCAAAUAUAUUUGACAUUCCCUGCUGAGAGCACUUUUAAGGAGGAAGAUGUCUCUGAUUACUUCAACACUUUCGGGCCAGUUCAAGACGUAAGAAUGCCGUGUCAGCAGAAACGGAUGUUUGGAUUUGUUACCUUCUUCAGCGCGGAUACCGUAAAAAUGGUAUUGUCAACAGGAAAUCCACAUUAUGUAUGUGGUGCUCGGGUCCUUGUCAAACCUUAUAGGGAGAAGCCAAAGCUACCCGAAAGGAAGUACCCGGAGAAGCUGGAGUCAUCGAUAUUUUACCACUUAGAGCAUGCUGAUUUUGAUUCUCGGCGUCACGCAAGAUUUAAGUCCCCCAGACUGCUAAGGAAACAUUUAAUGGAAGAGCAAGUCCUUGAACUUGAGUCUAGGCGACUUGCACAACUGCAGUUAUCGCGAAGACCCAUGGCCACUCUGUCCUAUUUUCGCCCUCCCAUGGACGAAUUUAACAUUUCUCAACCAGAACGUUCCAGCCAUCUAUUAGAUGUUCGGAACAGCGGGUCCUCGGACGAAGAUAACCUCAAGUAUUCAGGAAGCCAUGAUGCUGAUGAUGAGAGCAAUCAACGAGACAACCUGCCAGACAGUCCAUUCGCAUCUGCAGUAACGAGCAGUGUAUCUGAAGUUAUAUAGGUCCGGAUACACGUUUAGGUAUACAAGUCUACUUCAAAGGCAGCACGUUUAAGUUAAAGGUUUUCACUGAUGUGGUACAUAACUACAUAUAGCAAGAAUAGAGAAUAUCAGAAAUAGAUCCUCCACGUAGCCGGGCUAACAUAACUUGGCAAAUUAGGAAAUAUGAUACACAAAUGCUUACAUGUAAGAAUGUUCAAAGUUUUUUCUUCUCUGGUUUUUGCAGAUAUUAGGCUUAGAAAAGAGGGCAGAGGUCAUUGUCCUUGGAAAAAAUGUAAUAUAUAUUAACUUUAGUUGAUGGAGGAGAAUAGUGCUAAAAAUAUGUUCAGGAUCUUUUAUGUUCCUUUUGUGGAAGAAAAUCUACUUGCAGGGUGCAGACAUGAAUUUUGUUUCAAUUUGUCUCUGGUUUUUGUGUUGGAUAAAUUGCUUCAUCUGAAAAGUUAAAUGGUCGUGGGGUGCAUAUUAUUUUAGGCC